AUGGCCGGUGUGCAGGGUGGCGAGGGCGACGACGACGAGUUUUUCAAGAGCGUCUACGCCAAGGGCUACACAGCGCCCGUGCAGGCGCACGCGGCGGUCAAGGCGGAGAAGCGGAAGGGCGGGGACGACGCGGAGGUCGGCAGGCAGCGCGAGGAUGCGGGGACGGACGUACCGACAGAUUUCGGCGGGAAGUACAGCAAGGCGUGGGAGGCGAAGGCGAAGGCGGCGGAGCGCAACUGGAAGAAGCGGCGCGAAGACGACCUCACGUGCAAGAUCUGCGGAGAGGCGGGGCACCCCACUCAGGGUUGCCCCACCACCCUCGGCGGGGGCGGAGGUGGAGGGUUUGGCGGGGAGGGAGGCGGGUGGGGGGGCGGCGGAAAGCGCCAUGCGCCGUCCGCGGCGCACCCGUUCGCAAUCAGCAUCGGGGUGGCGGACCGGCGCAUGCGGUCGCGGAUAAUCGGCACGGCGGGCAUGGUGGUGCAGGGCCUGGAGAAGCAGACCAACUGCCGCAUCCAACUCGAAGACGAUCUCGCCGUCGGCGACGGCGCGUUUAUCGUUAAGAUCUCCGCUACCGAUCGCGACACGCUGGCAGCGGGGGAGAGCGUGGUGCGCGGGUAUAUUGACCAGCUUCAGUUGGAUAGUUUGCGGAAGGGCGGCGGGAUUCUGGGCGGGCCGGCGGCGGUGCAGAUGGCGCUUGCGGCGCUGGCGCACGACCCCGCGCAGCAGCAGCUGCAGCAGCAGCAGCGCAUGUGGGCGGCGGCAUCCGCGGAAGCGGCGGGGGAGGCGGAGAUGGUGAUAGGGGGGGAGGCGGAGGACGCGACGCUGAGGCUGAUCGCGGCGCAGCUGGAGGCGCAGCGGCAGGCGGGAGGGGCGAUGGUGGGCGCAACGGGAAUGGCGGCGGAUGGGGCGGCGCUGGUCGCAAUGGGGCCCAUGGGGGGGAUGAGCGCGAUUGGCCAGAUGGGGCCGAUGGGGCCGAUGGGACCGAUGGGAACGAUGCUGCCGGGGGGCGCGGUGGGCGCGUAUGGGGGACAGGUAGAACCGAGUGGUAUGGGUGGUGAAGGCAUGCCGAUGCUGCAGCUGCCACCGCAGGGAGCGCUGCCAGCGUCGGUGGAAGAGCUAGAGGCGGUGGUGGCGGCGGAGACGAGCGCGCUGCAGCAGGCGCAGGCCAGAGAGGAGAAGGAGGAGACGGACCGCCACACUCUGCGCAUGGAGGAGAUCCGGGGGCGGUUCACAGCGCUGGCGUCGAGCCUCUCCUCCCGCCAGGCACAGCAGCGCGCCCAGGUGUACCUCAAGCUCAGCCAGCAGCACCCCCACCAGUUCCAACCCCCCCCCGCCCAGCCCCGACCCCCGCUGCAGCCGCAGCUUCAGCCCCGUCCCCAGCAGCCUCGUCCCCAGCAGCAACAGCCCCAACCGCAGCAGCCCCAGCCCCAGCAGCCCCAGCACCAGGCGCCGCCUCAAGCUCAGAGUGAGCCUCAGGGGCAGGUGCAGGCUCAGGUGCAGGCACAGGCGGUGCCACAAGGUCAGGGUGUCGGUCAGGGAGGCGGGGGGUACGGUUAUGAGGGCUAUGGGCAACAGCAGACGGGCACCCAGGGGUGGCAGCAGCAGCAGCAGCAGCAGCAGCAGCAGCAGCAGCAGCAGGGAGGGCAGCACGGUUACGAAGGGCAGGGUGGAGCAAACGAGUACAGCCAGACCCCGGGUUAUGGUUACAACGCUGCUGCUGGUGGUCCCUCUGCUGGCAACGCAUGGAACCAGCCAUCACUCAAUUCCGGGGCGCAUGCUGGUGGGUUCUCGGCGCCUGGUGCAGGACCAGUAGGGGGCGCUGCUCCUGGCUACAACUAUCAGCAGCAGCAGCAGCAGCAGCAGUACCACCACCAGCAGCAGUAUCCCCCUGGUACCAACCCUUCGGCAGGUGCAGGGGCAGCUGGGCCAGGAGCUCCAGGGGUUGGGCAGUACCAGUCCGCCGUGCGCCAUCGCAAAGGCGGAGAGCCAUGCGUGGCGGCACUCCCGAGGACGACAGCAGAGCGGACCGGAGCAACCAACCAAACCCAAGGCCAGUCAGAAGCGGCGGCAAAAGUGAGAGUCAGGCGUGCGCAGCACCUGCCAUCCCACCCACUUGACCCACAUCACCCGCCUCACCUGCCUCGCUGGUCCCUCCUCCCCAAACUCACCGCGGCUCUCUCCGCUCCGCACCUGGCUGCUCCUCCCCCCUCCUCCCACCACCCAGUGUAG